AUGUCCAUAGUAAUAAAUUUUUCUCUUCUUAAAUUCCAGGAUGCUCGAGCAGCAUUCCGACAAGAACUCUCUGAGUCGACACAGAAACUUAAUGCAAUGUCUAAAAAGCUGGGUGCAUGCAUUGAUAAAGCUCGACCAUAUUAUGAUGCAAGGAUGAGGGCAAAAGAGGCUCAUAUUGAGACUCAAAAAGCUGCUGUUCGUUAUGAAAGAGCAUGCAGCAUGCACGAAGCUGCCAAAGAGAUGGUGCAUCUUGCAGAACAAGGCUAUAUGAAACGAGACCAACCUUCUGAUCCAGCAUGGCAGGAAAUGCUUAAUCAUGCAACCAUGAAGGUGAAUGAAGCUGAGAAGGAAAGAAUCGAAAGUGAACAGUAUCAUGAAAGAACUACAAAAAUCUUCAAAGAAGCUGAGGAAUGUGUUCAGCAGCUUCAGAAAGACUUAAAACGCUCCAUCAGCAAGUCCAAGCCUUAUUUUGAAAUGAAAGUAAAAUUUAAUCAAGUGAUGGAUGAACAAAAGCAUCGAGUAAGUCGUCUGGAAACGGAAGUUAUUAAUACAAAGUCUGCUUAUGCAGAGGCGUUGAGAAAUCUUGAAUCCAUCAGUGAUGAAAUACAUGAGCGGAGGCUUGAGAAAAGUAAACAUCUUCAACUAGGUGUUCGUGGUUCCGGAGUUGGGUCUGAGACCCCAUCUCCACCUCCUGGUCAAGAGAAAGGGUCUGAAAUUGGAGAUGGUACCGUGGUUACUCAUAUUAGCACGUGUACUUAUAGUUCGAACAUACUAACCACACCCACAACUUACCAACAAAGUGCUAGCAAGGAACCGGUCACAUUCUCCAUAACUACCACUUCUGCUACUGUUGAACAAGAUUCUGGUGUUAGUCAACUGAAAGAUGACUGUGAUGAAUCUGAAGGAUCAUUUGUAGCCCCAUCUGUGAUUUUCAGCUCUCCAGAGCAGGCUCGGCGUUUGAGUUAUCGGCAAGCUAUUGAAACCAACAGCUAUGUAUCUCCAAAUAUCACAUCAGAAAGUAUUAGCCCCUCUGACUUUGAAGAGGAUUAUGAUGCUCCAAGUUUAGAAGAGGAGUAUAUUUCAUUACCAAGUUACAAAUCAAAGGUUAAGAAUUCUAAUAAUUUUAACUUUGUUUCCGAAAAUCAGUUUUGUCAGCAAUCAGUUUUUAGCCCUGACAGCCACAACCCAAACAGCACGCCUCUUUUGAAGAGCAAUGAACCGCAAGCCUCUUUACCGACUGAAAAGAGAGCCACACUUAAAACGUUGGGCAAAAGUAAAACUGAACCAGGUCCAACUGUACAAAGAGUUAAUUCAGAAAUGUCGGAAUGUUCUCCUUCAGUCAUACGUAGAUCAAAAUUGAAAGGCAUCAUUUUACGUGUAGAUGCUGAAAUGGACCCAUAUAUGCAAGGCUUUCAACAACGUAAAAUAACUAAUGUCCCCUCCGUUAAAAACACAAAUGAGGGAACAAAAAAUGAAUCUCAGCCGAAGAAUACAAAGAUUUUAAACUCAAACAGUGAGACAGCGUCACCAAGGAAAACGGGAACUGUCAAUAAACCACAUAUUACACCAACGAAAUACGUGAGAGGUUCCGAAGGGAGUCCUGUACUUAAAAUUCCUUCUCCCGCUUCCGAUAUUAUGGAUGAUUCGGAUACAGAAAGUCUUGCCAGUAUUGGUCAGAUGCUUGACGAUGAGCAAGUGGAAUUGCUUACUUUGGACUUCUCCGAUGACACUUUCAUUAAUGCUGCUGACUCUGUGAAAAGUGACCGAUUUCAGAAGACUGACUGGCAUCGAAUGAGCCUUCCUCCAAAGUUGAGUCACUUAGAAUAUUAUUUGCAGAGCAAGUCUCUUGACUUGACAACAACACCGACGGGUAGAACAGACAUUGGACUGGAAAAUCUUGAGCUGUAUGAGAACUCUGUACCAGAACCUCAGCAGGUUCCUACAUCUUGACUUUAGAAAAGAUAGAUCUUGUUGAAUUCCAAUUGAAUAUAGAUUUCUGAGGCAAUAGAUCUUAUUAGUUUGGUGCUCACUGUUAGAUAAUUUUGGCAAAAGUUCCAAAAUGACUUACUGCUCUUUCUUGUCAAAUUAAUCUGCUGUUGGUGCUGCUCCUCUUAUUAAGCCUCUGAUUAAUUUAUUAAUGGCAGUUAAAAAAAACCCCUUUUAACUGCAUCUUUGGUUUGAAUCUGUUUUGGCGUAAUAACUUUCUCUACCUCUUCAUUUUCUUCUCAUUAAUUAUUUCCAUGGGUUUAUUUUAAUUUCCUUUCAUUACCUGUGAAGGAUAUCAUUUCUGUUGCUGAUGACAUUUUUCGUUUUUGCUCUGGGCUUUUUCUUCUUUUUCUUUACUUCAUAUAGAUCUAUUAAUGACAUCAUUUAAAAACAAAAUUGUGACAAAUUUAUGAGCGAUUCCUACCUUAAAGAAAUCCCUACCUGUUUCUCCAAUUUUAAUUUUUCUUUAGAAUUAUUCAAUCAACUACAUUAGUAUACUUAAGGCGAAGAGUUGCAGCUUUUAUCUUCAUUUUUUUAUUAACAGUAACUUCCAUUAUCUUUCUUAGAUUUUCAAAUGCUUGCCUUCAAAUCUUCAAAUUUUCGAAAAAUAUUUAAAUGGUGCCAAAAUGUCUGCUCCUAACUGCAUUUUUUUUUUACCUCUAACUCUGUUCUUUAUAUUAUUUUGAAAUUAUAUCAAUAGAAUAAGUUAAUAAGCAGCUUGAAUUUGCCAUCAUAUUUCAGUGUCUUUACUGAAACUAUCUAUUUCCUACUCCAGCAGAUUUUACUUAAAUUUACUAUUGUUGUCAGAACUGCAGAGUCUCAGAAUAUUCUUCUUCUCCUUCCCAAUUCAAUUAUUUAUGUAAGAUAUUGAACAUUUUUUGAAACUUUUUUUUUUUUUUUUUUGUAAUUCAUUUGAUCUCAAAAGAAUCUUUCCCUUGUUAACUAUCUUUUUUGGUUUCCUUCUUUUCAACACUCUUGCUGUAAUAGUAUGACUACAUCUGAUGCAAUCCCUUUACUAUUUUAGCAGCAACAGUUGUUGAUAGUUACAUGAUGAGAUUCCGUAUUAGUGAUAUUUGUAUAAAGUUUGUUUCUUUUUGACUGUUUCUCCAAAACUAUUUUAAACCCUCAUCACAAUACUCUGGAUUCUAGUUCAAGUAUAUCUAUUUGGAAUUGUUAUCUUUGCUAACAUCAAAAAUCUGAUUUAGCAACCAUGUUAUGCAUAUCUAUACAUAUAUUUUUCUAUUUAUAAAGUAAAUAACUUUUUCACUUUGUAAAUUUCCUUCUUGUUAACCUCAGUCACAGUCCAGGAGUACAUUGUUUUUUUUUGUCUUUUUUUUUUUUAAUUCUUUAAAUCCAGGUAACUGAAAAAUAUCAAAACAAGUUUAUUGAUUAAAAAGAAUGUAUAUUAUUUGCAUUUUCUGUAAGCAGAAUACUUAAGACUUAGCUGGCAAGUAAAACUAUGUAGAGUUAUGAAUUUAUAUAUAUAACAAAACAAAACAUGAAAGUGGGCAUUUUUUGAUAUUAUUUAUUCUCCAUUACACUUGUUUCAUUUGCCAAUGGGAAUUAAAAGUAUUUACAUGUUAGACAGACAUGUAAGGAACUUCUUACUAGAAAAUCUUCAAUGUCUGUCUAACAUGUAAAACUGUAAUUUCUUUUAGUAAAUGAAGCAUGUGUAAUGAAGAAUCAAUAACACUAAAAAAAUGUCUACUUUCCUGUUUUAUUAUACAACAACUCUACAAAUAAUAUUUCCAUAAUUCUCAAUUUUAAUGUAUUUUGACUGACAUUCAGCAGCAACUGAGACCACAUAUUGCAUUGUAAUAAGCAGAAGUGUUUCAAGAGGAACAGCUGGGAUUUAGCCUACUUAUCUCUCUCUCUCUCUCUAUAUAUAUAUAUCUACAUAUACAUAAAUAUAUAUAUAUAAAUACAUCUAUAUAUAUAUAUAUAUACAUACACACACGCA